UAUGUUGAACAGAUUCGUGCUUUAGAUCUGAAGAAUAAUUGUCUUUAAUCCUGGGAAUUUAUAGCAAUUGCCGAAUAGGAGUAAAAGCUCUUGAAUUAAAACAUUUGAUACGGUUAUCGUUUUCCUUUAGCUAUAUGGCCUUAGGUAGCAUCAUAUAAAUAUUAUCUGUCCCAGACGCCGAAGCAGAAUCAGAUAAAUGUGGGUUAGAGUUAUAUUUCUUAUUUCUUUUUUUAUGAUGCUUGUAAAUAGACUGUAGAAUCCCUUGGUACAUAUUUUCAUGUGUUUUCAUGUAUGACAGUCGUGACUUUCACAGACAUGAUUGUAAGAAUAAGCACUAUUUAUUAUCUUUUAUUGAUAUUCUAAUAGAUUUAUUCAUUAAAUUGAACUAUACUAGGUUGUGCCAUCAAUGACAGCCCAUUUUAAUUGUGUAGAAACAAUGUAUAAAUACUGUAUUAUCCAUCACAAACUUUACAUAAUGCAAAAGAAUAGUCAUGCAACAACAAACCAUUUUUAGUCAAACUGGAAAUUCAUUUGCACAAGUUACGACUUUUGAAAAUGGUUUGUCCAUUCGUGAAAGGUCUGCAGUCUAACACAUUGUUUUUUUUUCUUUUUCUCCUUUCUUUCUUAUGCUGAUUCUCCCUAGGCUGAUGAUGCUAUCAGUCGUCCUUGCUUUUGUUGAUACAGGGUGGGCUGCUCAGGAUAUUUCUUUUAUAUUGCUCCCCGCAGUUUCUCUAGGAACCUACAUGCCCUCACCUACUAUCAGGGCCAAGUUUGUGGAGUAUUAGUAGGUUCAGGUCAUCUGAACAAUUACAAGUCAUAUGUUCAUUUUUGCACAAGUCCUUAAUUUCUGCACGAAAAUGACAAAAAGUUUUAAAGCAAAGAAAGCUCAAAAGGCUGACUUUGCCAAGAAGAAAAUUAAGGUUGGGAAGAAGUUGAAGAAGGCACAGAAUGAGACACGAACAGAUUUCAAGGCUCGGAAAAUUAUCUUGAAGGAGCAGCUGGUAGAAAAAUCAGACAGCACGCUGGUUACUAAGAAGCAUCAUAGUGUGAAGGAACUGAUGACAAGGUUAGAGCAUCAUAAUGCACAAGUACGCAAAGAGGGAGUGAAAGGAAUAAUGGAGCUGGUAACACACCAUAAUGCAUCAGAACUCAUUCCCUAUUUAUCAAAGUUAGUCUUAGCCAUUUCACCAAUGACGCUUGACACUGACUCUCCCAUCCGAGGCACUGCUGUCAACUGUAUACAGGCACUGAUAACAAAGUUGGGUCCAAAUAUGCAACCGUAUUUUAGCAUUUUGUCAACUUAUUUGUCCUGUGCUAUGGCCCACCUUAAUGUUGGAGUCCAGUCAGACUCCUUGAAACUGAUGAAUGUCCUUGUUGUACAUACGCCAUCUCUUAUUGCAAGACAUGCUAAUACUCUUCUGAAGAAUUUUAUUGAUCUCAUCUCAAGAAAGGCAUCUGGAAGCAUUUCAAAGAUCAACAGUCUAGCAGGCACUGACCGGGUUUUGCAUGUAGACCCAAACAGUGCAUUGACAGGGCACAAGUUCCGGUUGAAACUGCUUAGUGAACUCAGUGCCUUUCUUGAGGCACUUGUCAAGGAGCAGAAACACGUGGAAUCUCAGAUCCCACAAUCAAUAUGGCAGACUGUAUUGGUUGGUAGUGUUCCUCCCUUGCUGUGUGUUGAAUCUGUCCAAGGUGAAGCAGACGGAUUUUGGCUCUUCAGUGAUCCCAACCAGCUGAACAACUUCAGUAACACCAUAGUUCCCCUGCUGUUUGAUGUGUGGGCUGAAGUUGAUCCACAAGCCUCAGGUUGUACUGCUGUUAACAGUGAAACAGUUGAAACCCUCGAGUGCAUCAUGAAUAUAGUUAAACAUAUGUGGGACAUUACACAAAUAUGCACUCAGGAGAACCCAAAGAAUUCAAAAUGGGUGAUGACAGAAUUCCAAUCAAAGUUCUCAUCCAGGCUCAUGAGUGGGUUUCCAUACUUGUGCAAGGGAACACCCAAGACCAAGAAAGCUAAAAAACGAAAGUCUGGUGGCAAUGAGGGUCCCACUGAUGCAGAUGACGAUGAUGAUGAAAACGUGAAGCACUGUGACAGCCUUAAUAUUUCCCUUUGUGAAUUUGCAAUGCAACUAUGUACUUCUAACAUUAAACAACGAGUCAUCAGCUACCUUACAGCAUUACUGAGUGACAGCAGUCGAGAUGGAGAGUACAAACUGGAAAGUAUUGUGAAAAUGAUCCUCAAUCUUCUCCAAACUGCAACCAAGUCAGAGGUGCAGAGACUUAUAACUGCCAGCCAGAUGUGCUAUGCUCGCUUGCAUCCCUUGAAGAAGGAUCGGGGAAAUCUGUUGCAGAUUCUCCUUGUUGCAACAGAUCAUGACCAUACUUACCUGUGGAGAUUUUCAAGCAUAAGUCUGUGGGUAGAACAGAUAGUAAAAGACCUUGAAAAUGGAGAAGUGACAGAGCAGGUCUUGCAAGUGGCUCUCAUUCUCCGUCUUCGAGGGAACACCAGGAUCAGGAAUAUGCUACAUGCAAGAAGAAAUGCUAUCAGAGAGGAAAUUACAUCAAAAGGGAUCAAGACACUUACAACAGAGCAAAUUGAGAGUAAACUUGAAUUUCUUCUGAAAGAUUUACUUUAAACAUUUGAAUAAAUAUAUGUUUAUUAU